AUGUUACGUGUCUCUCUGCUGUCUUUACUUGUCACCAGGGAUAAGAAUAAUAAGCAGGGAAAAGUCUACAGAUACCAUGACGGUAAGCAGUGGAAGGAUGGUAAAGAAGGGGACCACAAGAAGAAGCUUGGUGAAUUGAAGAAGUGCGAAUCCGAACCAGCCUUGUCAGAUGAGGAACCAGAAUUGCAACAGGGAUACAUUCCACCAAGGCAGAAACCUGUGUGGGCUAGCGUUGAUCUAUCAAAGGAGCCAGAACAGGAAAAAGUAGAUUACUAUAACAGCGUCACAGGAGAUGUGUCAUACAAGAGAUAUUCUUCCAAAUUUAGCAAUAACGAUACAGACCAAAUUCUUCUUGUAAAAAAAGUAACAGACAACGGUAAUACCAUCUGGGAAGCGGGAGAGCGAGAGUGCAUGGAGCUUGCACAGUACCGUUCCAAGGGGGGAUUUGCAAUCCUUCGCAUACAUGUAAAUGUUUGCGGUGACGUAAAGCACAAGUUCUUUGAAAAAAAUGCUGAGAAAUGGGAGGAAAUAUUAAAGGCUUUUGAUGAUAAACUUCUGAAAAUGAUGCAUAAAGAGUCCAACAAACCCGAACCACAAGAGCCAAAAACAAGAUGA